GAUGUGGCAUUUUUUUGUCAAAAAACAAAAUUAGAUGAUUUUUAUUAUAAUUACAUGAAUCAAAUAAAAAAGGAUAACCAUUUAUUCCCACGAAACCCUCUCGAAUGGAAAACAAAAAAGAAUCCCUAAAUCUGAAACCCUCCCCGUCCGUCAUUCGCCAAUUCUCCUCCACCGUCGCUCCCUUUGUUCCAAUUCUAAUAUGCCUAUCCUAGCUCCCCGAUCCUCCUUCUCUCUUUCAAGUUUCAAUCGAGCAAGAAGAAGCCAACCCCAGUUCUCAAACUCAUCCAUAACCCCCAAAUCAAAUAGCUCAUCUCGAGAUUUACAGGUCGUUUCAUCAUCUCUCCUGCCCAACUCUCUUCUCCACCGCAGGGUUAAAAGAAGACGAUGAUGACGACGACAAUUGAGGAUGAAGAAGUGUUGGUGGAGUGGUGGUAUUUCAGGUGGUGAUGGGCUGGCGGUGGGCCCUACAUCACCUGGCUUUUUCGAUAGUUUGGAUUCAAAUUCACUGUGUGCACCCACUUUGGUUGUACCGUUGAUCUACCCGAGUCGACAUUGAGGCACAUGCCGCUUUUGCAGCAGACCAAUGGUGUCCGAUACCUCCAUCGCCUUCCUCAUUUGCCCUUCAUUGCUGCUACCCUUGCAGGUGUCCCACUUGUCGAUGAACAACAGGUACCACCAUCGCUUUUCGCUCCACCUCAGACUCUUCAGUACCGCGACCACACGAGUUGUUCCUCUGACCACUCUGCCCUUCUCGAUGGCUUGGAGGGGAGGACUCGUUGCAUUGAGAUCACGCAGGAGCGGCUCCUCGACCACUUUGGACUCGAUGUGCCCGCCCAGGACCAAAGCGACAAGGAGGAGUGAUGGCCCCUAGGGCCCCCCUUGUGUUUUGUUUUCUUUUGCAACAUUUGUGUUUUGUUUGUGUUUCGUGAACUUAUGCUCGGUCUGUAGAUCAACCCUUUUUAAGUGUUUGAAUGUGUUUCCUAACAAUACCAAGCUGCUCCUGGUGACUGGUCCUUCUCCAUUCCGUUCAACAUUCACCGUAUGUCCGGUAACUUCGCUCCACCUUCUCCUUAUCUUCCUCCAUUGAGGACAAUGUCGUACUCAAGUGUGAAGGUGUUGAUUAUCUUAGAUGCAUGGCUUUUGAAUGAAUGUUUGGCCUAUAUUGAGAGUGCUUAGAGUCUAGUUCAAUGUCCAAAUAUUUAAUUUGAGGGCUCCAAGUACAUUGUCCCUUGUGAUUACCUGCUUAGUGUGUUUGAAUUGCUAGAUUUCAUGAUAGUAUGCAACCUAAGAAGGCUAGUGGAGCAUUAUAGAAGAUGUUGGUGCAUGAGAUAUUUCCUCUCCACUUCUUACUAUGUUUGUUGACAUGUUGAAUAGUCAUGUUUGGAUGUGUGAUUUGUGCAGUGUUGAUGACUCUCACCCGUUUUUGUGGACUUCAAAUGUUUGAACGAAAAGGCGCCCUUAAUGUGCUUUAAAAAAAUAGAGGUUUCACGUGUUGUGGCAGCCGGUUCAAGUACUAUAGUGCGCUUUUGAGAGUUGUGUAAGGGAGAAUCGAAUUAAUCAUCCAACCUUCUCCUACUACUUUCGACACUCCCUUACAGUUCUCCUCCUUACGUGACUUGAUAUAGAAGAGAUGGUUUUUCUUGCUCAAGUCGAGAGACCUCUGCUCAGCUCGAUUAACAUCCAACUUCAUCAUUCACUUUGCCAUCCUCUCUUGCACCACUUUCCUCGCAUGGACUAGAUUGAGAAGUGAAUGCCAAUUCUGCUCUAGUCAUGAGAAUAAGAGCUUUUGAAUUCAAAACAAUGAGGUGCUGCAACGUGCAGCCAAAUUUAAUUGAAGUUCGAAAGUUUGAGCUUCUCUAAAGGAGGAGCACGAAAAUUGGGUGCACGGUUUUGAUGUUUUUGAGAUUCUCUCCAUUCACAAGUUGUUUGUCCUAGUUCUACUGUUCGGCUUGUCCUAACUUGAGAUGUGGUUCUCACCGAAGUGGUUGGGAGAUCUCUUGUCCUCGGUUGGCCUCGUAAGUUGCUAAUGACCCGCUAUUGAUGAACAAAAGUUGCAUACGGUUGUAAGAGUCUAGUGAGUUGCACUAGUUUGAGUUAGGUUUUCUUGGGGACAAACAAAUGGUUAAAUGUGGGGGGGCUCGAUACGUUUGUAAUUAUAUUUUUUUUUGUCUCCUGAUACUUGGUCGUUUCUUGAUCAUUUGAGUGUGAAACGCCCCCAUUUGUGUUGGUUUUACACUAGGUUGUGUGUUUCUGUUGUAUUACAUGUGCUAGUGCAUGAUUUAAACCUUGGGGGUGAGUUUCGAAAAGAUCGGAGGGCAAAACACGAGAUGACGUAAAGCUGGCACCCAAGUUACGGCUUAGGCGGACAAGCCGUGAGAUGAGCCGUGAGAUGAGCCAAAAAGUCGUGAGAUGGCUAAAAGUUCCAGAAAGUUUUUCCUGCCCCAUGACCUGUCUCACGAUCUAUCUCACUGCCUGAUUCACGACCACCACAUCCCACGGCUUAAGCCACAACUUACUCGUUUCACGACUGGAAGUCGAAUCGACGUAUUUAAGUGAAACAAUGUGUUUCAAUCUCACAACCCAAAUCAAGGUUGUUUUGCAAA